AGAGAAAGCGAUGAGGAAGUCUACAGAAUCUCCGGCGACGUUGGGUAUUCUGAAAUCAGAAGUCAAAUCUGAGAAACCUCCUUUCAGACUUGCCGUCGAUGACACCAAACCUGUCCUUCAGGAUCCGAUUCUGAGAUCGGACCCAAUGGAGACAGAAGAAGCUGUGCUCAGAUUGCCCUCCUUCCCACCCAUAAGAACUUCUGAAUCCUAACUGAGCUUAGAAUCUAUAAUAGCUUAAGGCCAGACAAGUGUUUCAGUGUUUGUGCCAGCAACACCAUACCAGAGUGUUUUUUCAUUGCAUUACCAUGACAUUGUAAGCAUUGCAAAUAAAUUAAAGUUUGGUUUUGGGUUUUUUUUAAAAGUAGUCAUCCUGUACUUGAGAGAGACACUUGUGCCACCGAAUCAUUGAAUGAGUAAAUGCUCUGCCUCUGGCAAUAAACUCGUAACCAACAUUCCUAUUUUUCUUAACUAAAAUCUCAAACAUGUACUAUGUUGUAU